GUACAACAGUACUAGUAUAGUAUGUUAUCUGUGAUAGUAUUUAUACAGAAGAAAGACUAUUUUGAAUUUUGGUAAUCUUUUUUUGUUUAUGUUGUUCUGCAAUUUACAUUUUACGCAGAAUUAUAUUACAAAGCACUAAGCAACAGUCGAUCCACGUCUACUCUCCAUAAGUAGAUCAUAGUUGACUGAAACGAUGUCCAUCCAACAUUAUAAUCUCUCUUGGAAUUUUCAUAAGGAGAAGUUGAGACAUGGAUUUUCUUGCCUACAGCAAAAAGAAGAGUUUGUGGAUAUGACUUUAGCAGUAGAAGGACAUCUUGUUAAAGUUCAUAAAAAUGUUGUAUCUUUAGUUAGUCCAUAUUUAAAAGAACUGAUAUCAUCAAUACCUUGUGACCAUCCUAUAAUAUUCCUCACAGAUAUAAGUCAUGAGGUUUUAGGCCUUAUUGUUGAAUACAUUUAUACCGGAGAAGUUGAAGUACCACUCAAUAUUUUACAACCAUUUCUCAAAGCUGCCUCACAGUUGCUGCUAUUAGGUCUAAAUGAACUGUCAUCUUUACAAGUAUCGGUGCCACAAACUAUGGGAAGCAAUAAUAAUGUUGAACCAUCUCUUGAUCUGCCUGAAGUUGUCCCUACCACUUUUCCUGAUAUGUCUAAAAAUAUUAAUUUAAACGAAAUUCAGUCCAGUAAGGACUCUUCAACAGACAUAAUACAAAAAAAUUUAUAUAAUGUUAUUUUAAAUGAAGUGGAUAUCCCAGAAAUCCCGAUAAACAUUGACAGAAAUUUGAAUUUGGCUAAUAAUCUUAAUGUUAAUGAUCCAACUGCUGAUAAAGAUAAUGAAACUCCUAAUAUUAUGGCAAAUAUUACAGUUAGUACUGAUUAUAAACAUCAACAAUAUUCAAUAUCUAAUAGAGGUUCUUUGCAAUUGAUUUUAAAUCGCUAUAUUUAUCUCAUGCAUCAUCAAUCUCACAGAGGUUUUAAGCGACGAUGGAGAUGUACUGAUUAUAGGAGAAAACGAUGCAAAGCUUUUGUUGAUACAGAAGGAGAUUUGAUAACAAAAAGGCUUAAUGUACAUAACCACCCAUUCCAUGAUGACAAAAUUAUGAAAAAAGUAAAAUCUAAUCUGAUAUAUGCGUCAAUAAAAAGCAUAGAAGUCAAGAAGAAGGAACAUAGCAAUAUAGAUGCGGCAAUGGAGGAAUUUGAGAGAGACAGCUAGCAGAUUAUUUAUAUUUAAUUAAAUUACCUGCCUAUAUAA